ACUCGGGUAACAUCUCAUCAACUGUGUGUGAAUUUCUUAUUUCAUACUCCUCUUUCUGAUGUCCGUAUAAGACAUGAAUGGUUAUUUUUAAUAUGCUUUUGUGUGUUACUGCUGAGCGCUAAGUGGAAACCUGUUUAAACUGGGUUUGCUGAUAUAAACAGAAGAUGCGUUUCGAGGCGAAGCGGUGCGGAGUGCAGUUCAGCCCUCCAGCCAUCGUCCUCAUUUAUCAACACAAGGACACCAACAAGGUGCGGAAAAGAAUAAUACCUGUGCGAAACUUCUCCAAAUGUUCUGAUUACAGCACAGCUGCGGAAAGGCUGAAGAACCAUCCUCGGCACAGAGACUACUUGGAAGGUGUGUCCCAGAGCCAGCUUGAGAGACUUCAUAUCAUCCUGCGAGAUCACAUGCAGGGCUUCAGCCUGCAGCAUAGCCUGGCCUCAUUCCAGCUGGACCCUGACCAGGACCUGAACAAACUGGACGAUGAUGAACUGGCUCGUAAGAAAGGCCAAAUGGACAGACUGUUUGAGAGGAACCAGAGAUGCAAAGAUGAUCCUGACUUUGUUUACGACCUGGAGAUGGAUUUCCACACCAAAGAAAAGUGCAGCUGGGAUGAAGAGUCCGAUGAUGGAUUUUAAAGUUCUGUUCUUCGGUCCUUUCAAAUUGAGAUUGUAGAUAACAAACCAUAAGAUCUUCGGAUUUUCUAUUAAAGAGAUGCUGAUGUUGACUACAGUGCUUAAUGUAGAAGAUGAACA